GCCGCCCCCGAGACAGCCGCCCCCGAGACAGCCAUGACGAACGAGCUGAGCGUGGCCGUGAUGCUGGCCGGGCCGUGCCUCGCCGCCGCCCUCAUCAUCCUGAGCAAGCAGUGCCGGUACUUCCUCAAGUACGCGGUGUACUUCGUCGGCGUCUCCCUCGUCUCCGUCGGCCUCAUCCCCGCCUUCCUGUUCCGCCCCUUCAACGUCCUCAACCUGGUGCUGGCGUCGGCGAUAUGCAAGCACAUCUCAAGAUUGAUCGGCCUUCGGUGGACGCUGCGGGGUAGCCAGCACCUGGCGGAGCAGAAGGCCUGCGUCAUUGUCGCCAACCACCAAAGCUCCCUGGACAUCCUGGGCAUGUUUGAGAUCUGGGCCAUCAUGCGGAAAUGCACCGUGGUGGCCAAGAAAGAGCUGUUCUACGCGUGGCCCUUCGGCCUGGCCGCUUGGUUGUGCGGGCUCAUCUUCAUCGACAGGCUCAACGCGGGGGGAGCGAGGGCUGCCAUCAACAAGGCCGCCAGCAUCAUCAAGAAGGACCAGAUUAAAUUGUGGAUUUUCCCCGAGGGUACUCGGAAAAAUACUGGAGAGAUCCACCCUUUCAAGAAGGGAGCUUUCCAUGUUGCUGUGAGUGCUCAGCUACCGAUUCUACCUGUUGUGUACUCUCCAUACUACUUCCUUGAUGACAGGCAUCGCACUUUAGACAGUGGGAAAGUAAUUAUUUCUGCCCUUCCCCCCAUUUCUACUGAGGGCUUGACCAUGGAUGACAUAGACGGCCUCAUGCAGAAAGUCCGAGAACAUAUGACAGAAGAAUUCUCCAAGAUGUCGAAUGAAGUAAAAGCAGACAUUGUGCCAUCAUGCAAUAGUCGUUCUUCAAAAGCGGAGUAGUUCCUCUGUAUAGUUUUAUUCAAUCAUUAAACUGUACAGUUGAUCAUUAGGCCAAAGCAUCCAUGAAGUUGUUUAAUGCUUUAUAUUUUGGGAAAAAAUUCUUCAUGUCUCGUUUCUUUUUUUAUGGCUGUUGAAUUUUGAUCUUUGUAUGAACUCUUUUAAUAAUGUAUUAUGCCUUUAUUUAAGUUUGAUAGUAUCGUUUUCAAAGUGUAUUUUGUUUGCGGGUAAAGGAUUAGGGAAUGAAAUUUAAUUUUAAGAGCUCAAUGGGUAGUGUUAUGUUAACCAUUUGUUUUAUGUAAGUGUUUUCUUUUCCUUUUUGGUAAUGUUAGUAUCACUAUAUUGUCAGUGACUUUGUUCUUUUUUGUUGCGCAUCCUGUGAUAGUAUUCUACGUUUGUCAGAUUUGGCUGGUGUUUUAUCCCACAUCCUGUGGCAUUUCUUAUUUUGGCAUGGAGUUGAAAUUAAGAGUAAUACUGUAUGUAUUAUACAUCAUUUCACUUUGCUUUUUAGGUCACUUUUGAAAUUUGGACAAGAAUACCUUUGAUGCAGUUUCUAUUUAAGCCAAACUGACCUCUCUGUAAUAAUUCUUUUACUUGUGUAUUAGCCAUGAGUUUCAAGUUUCCUGGACACAAAAUGCCCAGAUGAUAAUUCCAUGAUGACCGUCCAUUUCUUAUUAUGGGCAGAAGUACCUUAAUUUUAUCUUAUAGUAGGCUCUUGUUGGUGCUUUCACCAUAUUAGGCUUUUUUUCUCUCAAUAGUUGCUACUGGUAAAAAGGGUUGAUAAUGCAGCUUUAAACUUAAAACAUGAAAGUAAUAAAAUGUGGCCUCCUUUAUUGAGGGCAUUUGUUUCCUUUCGACUUAGUCACAGAUAGUGAAAUGACUGAUAUCUCAAUGAGGUUGUAAUAAUUGUAGGACUUGCUGUUGUACCCUUCAUAAUACUUAUUUUUAUUUAACUUUUCAAUCGUGUUUACACACCCUUGUAAAAUUUUCUCUAGCUCAAUAUGUUAAACUUUCAAUUUUAUGUUAGAAUGGACUAGCCCAUCAGCAGUUCGGUCGAAAGUAGUUAAGUAUUUGCCUCAAUGUUGAUUAUUUUGGUAAUGUAACAUCAUUCCUCUUAGAUUGGAUUGACUCUUUUAUAACUGGCUUAUUCUUCUUGUUCCAAUUCUUCGUCUUCAUCAUCUUUUUCUUCUUCUUUCUUCCUCUGGACAUUACAGAGGCCUUCUUAAUAAUAAAAACAGUAAUAAGAAGAAGAAUGCUAGUGACCAAGUGCUCAGAAAACUAAGUUUUUUCAAUGAGGAUGUAUGAGGCAUUGUAAUAUUCUAACAGAGGCAAAGGAAUGUUAACUGCUCAGUUGAUCUAAAAUUUCAACUUUAAACAAAUGUGUUUGUGAGUGGAUUGGUUUUUCAGCAUGAUAGAACAAUGUAUAACAUAACAUUUAAAGCAGUAUUUCGACCUUGUUUUAGGCGCAUGUUCCUAUUCCUGUUUUAAACUCAUCAUUGUAUUUUCCUUCAGCUCGCAUUAGGUUUGUCCUUAAGUUCCAUUUUUUAUUUUAAAUUUGUUUCUGUAUAGAAUUUAAAAAAAAAUUGCCCUAUAUUUGCCAAAAUUUGUUGCUCACUGCAAAAUUGUGUCAAAUCUCAAGAGAUCAUUGGAAGUUCAUAUUUAUACUGUAGUUCUUUAUCAUUAAAAUAUUUCUGUAUCAUUUCAUGAUGGUUUUGAAACCUAUGGAAAAUUUCACUUCUGAAGGGAAGGAGUGGGAAACAAGUAGGAUUGUUUGAAAUGUUAGGCAGGAAGCUAAUGUGUUCAAUGUACAUGUAUACAAAAUGUGUCAGUUACAUGUUACAGAAGUUUUCGUUGAGUGUUUUCAUUGUUUCAUUACAUAUUAUCAUAAUAUGUACUUUUCUGGCCCUUCAGUUCACAUGUGUGUGUGAAGCCAAGCACCUAAUUUUCUUGCCAAGAGUGAUGAAAUAACCACCCAGUGCAAAAGUCUAAGGGGGCUACUUUAUGUAGAUUCGCUUACACACGUUCCACAUUCAUGUAGAUCUUGUUCAGCUCAAUGAAGUAAUUUGGACAUGGCUGUGCUAUUUUUAUGUGGUAUGACAAACCGAGAUGAAAAUAUUUCGGAAUAUAAUAACCUCCCUAUCUCAUCCUGUGUUCUGCUCUAUAAAUCAUUUGCUGAUUCUAAAUUAACCUGUUGUGCAAUAUGUUUGAAAAGAGCAAGCUUAUCUUCUUUCUUUGAUAACAUUUAGACUUGCGGAGCCAAGCUUGCAAAUUUUCUGCUGUAGGUAUGGGAAAGAAAAAUGGCCAAAGAUAUUUGUCAGUCACUCUUGUGAUUUUGUAAAAGUAAAGAAACUAGCUAAGCUUUUCUUGAGGUUGUGUCUCAUCAUCUUUUCUUCUUCUUUUUAUCCUUAGUGGUUGUAAAUGACCAAGAUGUUGAAGGCUUCAUGUUUACAAUGAGAAAUUAUGAGUUGAUAUGGCCUUCUAUUAUAGACUUUCGUACCUGUGUAGGGAAGGCAUUUGCCUCUACUGUAGCUGUUGUUUGCCCACCUGUAUUUCUUUUGAUAUUGUUUUAGUGUGAAUAAAUUUUAUCAAGUAU